AUGUCGUCCGAGCCCGAGAAGCCGAAAAGGGCCCCUCGCAAACACGUUACGACGGCCUGCGUGCCGUGUCGUGAAAGCAAGAUCAGAUGCGACGGCUCGACCCCAUAUUGUCAAAAUUGUCAGCGAAAGGGCAAAGAUUGCAAAUAUCAGCAUGGGGAUGACAAAAGGAAAGUAUCCCUCCGAGCUGCCACAGAACUGUUCUCUGCAAGAAUUGACCAGCUUGUUCAAUUCAUUCGUGAACAGGGACUAGAGCCUCCGCCCAUGAAAGCAGAUGAUGAGGCUGGCAUGAACAGGGUACUAGACACCCUGCAGAUUGCGCGCGGCGUCGCUACAAGCACAAGUGGCGUCCCCACUGUUUUGGAAGUAGAAGACAAGAAACAGAAUGGAGCGUCAAGAACAAGUCCAAGUCAAAGCCCCCCGGGUACAACAUCAAAUGGACAACCACAACCCCCACAGGUAGUCGAGGUAGCAACCCCCGGCUCAUCUUCUUCGCAGGGAUUUGUUUCUGGUCAGCAAAUGCCCGCGGUGGAACCGUGGAAUCCAUUUGGAAUGGUGCGGGGAGCGUCUGACAAUCAAAACUUCGUCCAUUGGGGCUUCACUCUUCCCACCGCAGAAAGUCUGGACACUAUUUACGCCAAUUUUAAUGGUGCGGAGCCAGGAAACCCAGUAAAUACGGGCUUCAGCCCAAAUAGCUUACAUUUUGGCAUGGAUAUGGCUCAGCAGCCCAGCGUUCUACUAGGUCAGAUGCCGGUCGACCAUCCAACUCAUGAAUCUGACAGCGAAGAUGAGAACGAGGCUGAGAACGACGUCAUUGAACAGUUGUCUAAUCGAAUCGGUACAUUGCAGAUCGCUGGAGACGGUCACUUGCGGUUCUAUGGCGCGACUUCCAACCUCAACUUGGUGGAUGUUUCCGCAACGCAACAGAGACAGAGGCCUGAUGCGCGGACUGUUCGGCAUGAUGGUCAAGACAUUUUGAAUCAUCUUCGGGUUGGCCAGCCCGUAGACAAGGAACUGGAAGAUCAUCUCGUCGAGCUUUACUUCACGUGGCAGAACCCGAGCGUUUAUGUUGUUGACAAGGAGAUGUACAUGACUGCGCGGUCAAACUGGCGCAACGAAUACGACGAUACCCCAUUCUACUCCGAAGUCCUCACCAAUGCCAUGUGCGCCAUUGGAAGUGCGUUUGAGGCAAGAUACCAUCCUACGUUCAUCACAUUUCCCAAGUCCUUGGCCGAAUUCUUCUCAGACAGAGCCAAGGCCCUCUUGGAGAUCGAGCUCGACUCCCCAUGCGUUGCUACUGUUCAAGCCCUUGUCCUCAUGAGCUGUCAUGAGGGCGCGUCAAAUCGCGAUGCCCGUGGCUGGCUUUACAGCGGGAUGUCUAUGCGACUUGCUUUUGAUCUGGGCCUGCAUCUUGAUAUGACACCUUAUGUCAACCAGGGCGACAUGAGCCCCCACGAGGCCGAUGUUCGGCGAGCUGCCUUCUGGGGGAGCUAUGUCGCAGACCACUUUUGGGGCUUCUAUCUGGGUCGUCCAUUCCGUAUGAACGCGGGGGAUAUCUCCGUGGCAAAACCUGCUUCCACCCUUGGUACCGAAACGGAAGAGACAUGGCAUCCAUAUGGACUUCAAGCUCCUUCUGAUGCCCUCAUCAACGGACUGCGGAACUCAUCCGAGCUCGUUUGCAGACAAUUUGUCGUGCUUUGGGAGAUGAUUUCUCCGGUUGGUCAUAUUCUAUACGGAUGCUCCAAUAUUUCUCGGCAUGACUUGCAAAGGCUCACUUCUCAGGUUACUGAAGAUCUCUUUGCCUGGAAGGCCAACCUGCCAUCAAGUCUGGAAAUCGAUCUGGUAGAUGACACGACACCAAGACUUCCUCAUCUCUUGAUGCUACACAUGCAAUACCACCAGAUCAUCAUUUUCUUCCACCGACCAUGGGUAUCCAAGAGCUACAUCCAACCACGCAGCCCUCGCCAAGGACGAGGAUACCACCAUGCACGACGCAUGUGCAUCGAGUCUGCCACUGCAGUGGCACGUCUUCUCCACAUCUACGAGAAACACUAUUCAUUUCGACGAAUGAGCAAUCAGGUCGUGGCCAUCAUCUUCAGUGCAGCCCUGAUGCUUCUUUUUGUCACUGUAUCAAGCUCUCCGUUGACGCACUCGCAGCCGGACGACACGAACCAACCCCAUCCACGUAACGCGGAGAUGGUUGCGUAUCUCAACUUGUGCUUCCGCGCUCUUGAUGAACUCGGUCAGUCAUUUGAGAAUGCUAAACGCACGCGCGAUUACCUAGUCACCCUCCAGCGACGGUGGCAAGCACACAUGCGCCGAUCUGGCCCGGGCGCCAAACGACAAAUCAGCAGCGCCAACCUCCCAGCUCUAUCCCAGCAAAGGUCAUAUUCACAGCAAACCCGGAGUACGCAUGGAUCAGAUGCCCGCAAGAAGACUCGCAUAGCUGAGAAUGACACACCUCGUCCACAGCAUGACUCCUUCAACAUGAUGAGGUCACCCGCCAUCAACAACUUCCAACCUAAGCCUGUUUCAUCACAACAGGAUCAGCCGCCUUACCCGCAACACCAAUUCCCCACGCCUUCAGCUGAAACAGGUGAUCUUGACUGGAUUCGCAACCCCAACCUCGACCUAUUGUCCGAGACUAAUGGCGGCAGAGGAAAUACAAAUUCCAGGGAGAUGUUCACACCCCAAUUUCCCGAAGAUACAGGCGUACUCCCAGACCUGGGUGACAUAAAUGGGUGGUGGGACUCCACAAAUACGAAUACCGGACUUGGAGGGCCAUCUUUAUAA